ACCUAACAUAACCUUAGAAAAUAAUCAAUCUAAAAAGAGAGAGAGUCAGAGAGAAAGAGAGAGAAUAUUUUUCUUCAUUUUGCAUUGUUGUAACUUGUAUUUUGUAAACUUGUGAUCAAUUAACACGUGAUAAUAAUGGGACGAAAAAUACCUGGUGCAAAACACAGGACAAUUAAAUAUCCAGAUCAACAACGUGCUACAAAAUGGAAUGAGUUAAAGGAUAUAGUUGAUGCUCCACCAUCAAAUGUUGAUGAACAGCUGAUACCAAAAAGUUUAGAGCGUGUUAUACAAUUAAAAAAUGAUGUUAAAAGUGGUAAAAUUGGUGGUAAAAAACGUAAAAAUAAAAAAAUAAAAAGUAAUUUAAUAACACUUGGUUCACAAAAUAAUAUUAAAUUAGAUCCAAAUUCAAAACCUGAUAAAGCAGUACCAGUAUUUAAUCAACGACCAGAUGAAACAACACGUGUAUUUUGGAAUCGUGUUAAUAAAGAAACUCAUCAUUUUAUUAAUGAAACAAAAUUUGAAGAUAAAUUUGGUGUAUUAAUAAAACGUAAUAACGAAACUGGUGAAAUUGAAGGUGUUGAAAAACCUCCUAAGGAUGAAAUUGAUGAAUUAUUAAAAUUAAAAAAAAAACAUGCUAAUAUUGGUAAAAAAAAAAAAAAAAAAAAUAUACUAGAACCAAAAUUAACAAAAUCACAAAAAAAAAAAGUUAGAUUAAAUUCUAAAAAAGAAAAAAAAUUACAAGAUAAUAUUGAUGAAUUUAAAAAUUAUAAAGAUGAUAUUAAAUUUGGUGAAAUUGCACAUGCACCACCUGAUAUUAAAGUUCGUCCAAAAAAAACAGAAAAUAUGACAACAAAGCCAUCAAAAAAAGGUUUACUUUUACAUUCAAUGCUUGAUAAGAAAAUUGAGGCGGAUAAAUCACAUGCAGUUAAAACAAAUGUGACAAUUGAUAAAACUGGAAAAAGAAAAAAUUUACCAUCAGCUGAAAGAAGAAUAUUAGAAAAACAACAAAGUGAUAUUAUUGCUGCUUAUAAACAGAUAAAAUCUCAAAGAUCAUCAAUGACAUAA